AGUAACAUUUCCCGAUAAAUGUACACAAAUGCAGUCGAUCUGUUGCAAACUGUGACAAAAUUGUGUAAGUUUUAUAAAUAAAAUUGAUCAAGAACUUAAGCGCAAUAAAGAGAAAACAGCGAAAGAAAGAUUAUACAAACACUACUGUAACGAGUCAAGCGGUCGAAAUUUAAGAAAAUUUGAAGCAACAAACACACGACUUGGUUAUGAAAUCGUUUUGCAACAAAUAGAAAUAUUCGCUUAUUUAUGUCGCAGUUUUAAUGCUGAAAGGUUAUGAGUUGGAGAUUAUUGUGCGUAAAAGAAAUCUGCAUUCACAAAGAAACUCUGACAAUAUCAUAUGAAAUUAAAUAGAAACGUCGAAAGAGACAACAUGAGGAAAUAUUAUCAAGCUGCUUUGGCUGUGAUCGCGGUAGUGAGCCUUGUAUCUCUGCUCGUCUAUAGACACGAAUAUAAUAGGCUAAGGUAUGUCCUAGAAGUUUUCAAUUAUUUCGGCAAGCCCGAACUGAAGAACGCAGACAUGAACUGCACAAACUUUGCUCCAACAUACACUGCAUUCAAUGCAAGAUUUGACGAACCAAUGCCCUCCUGGCAACGUCUGGAGGACGAUUUGUACGUUUACUCCGCGUACCGUCUCGACGACAGGAAUAUAAGAGCGGUUGCACUCGGCACUGCAAACAGUGUCGCAAGCGUGCAGUGCCUUGUGUUUUUCGAGAAUGAGAGCAAGCCUAUAUUAGGCAAUUUUAAGUUUCUUCCCAUUGUCAGUGAAAUUGCUUCGAGUCGAAAGGAUAACACAAAAUACGCAGGAUAUCAUUUUGUUUGCACGUACGUUAAUACCAAUGGCGUUAAGAUUCCUACCGGAGUGACGUUUCUCACCAAGUCCAACAAGUUCCUCAAUUACGCGCCUGUUCUUCCUAUAAAAUCGCAACCCGAGAGUUUGAGUCACAAGAGAAUAGGUGUGUGUGUGACUCAAUCGUUGACAAAACCGACUCAAGCCACGGAUAUAAUAAACUUCGUCAAUUUUCAUGCACUGAUCGGAAUGAACAACUUCAUCGUGUACGAUUCUGGAAUUCCGAAUGAAAUUAACACCAAACUGAAGGAAAUCGCUAACGAUCCAACUCUGUUCUGGAAGUUCACGUACACCGUUAUACCGUGGAACUUCCCUUUCAUGGACAUCGAUCAGAACGUAAUAAGAGAAAUCAUGGAAAUUGAUUGUUUGUAUCGCACGUACAACGGUGUCGCUUAUGCCAUUGUUCUUUCAUGGAACGAGUACAUGGUCCUCAAGUAUCAUCACACGGCGAUCGAUCUGAUGGUGGAUUUUGAACGUUACUCGAUUGGCAAACUCGGUCGAUUGACUACUCGACUGGCAGUCAGUCGGUACGCACUGAAUACUACGACGUUCUGCACACAGCAAGCCGAUAAUAAACAAUACACCGAUUCCAAUAUGAUGGUGUUGAAGAAGACAAUGAAAGUCAAUGGAAAUGUAGUCAAAGAUCAUUAUCCCAUUUACAUGUACGAUCCGUUUGCAUACGUGAAUUCUGUAAUAUCACAGAACUUCCAUCCACAUACCAAAGAGGCAGGAAUAGAUUUAGUUGCGAUUAACCAUUACAAAUAUUGUGACAAUUACAAAGACGGUCAGGGAGUGGAAGAUUCCGCGAUUCUGAGAUUUGCCCAGGAUCUACAGAACUCACCGAUACUCACGAAAUACUACAACAAUGUGCCUGACAUAGACAUAAAGUGAUACAAAUUAGCGAGAGGACUAGUUUUAAAUUGAUUGAUACUUGUACAAAAAGUCUUUCCUGAAUAAUGCUCCAUUCGCGCACAUACGUAUACCCCGUUUCUGUUCAUACGUUUUCACGAUUAUGUCUUUCAUAGGUGCCUUAAUCAUCGUGUCAUGACUACUCGGUUGUAUGUACACAUGUUAUAUCAAUACUUUAUACACAUCCGAAGCUUCAGAAGCUUCUAAUAAAAUUAUAAUUAUUGCUACACGAUUAUUGUCACUUCUUUCAUGAGCUCUUGUUUCGUGAUUUCCUUUUUUUCUCGUGUUUAUUAUUAAAUUACAUAGCGACAAAAAUUUAUCCAUGAUAUGAUUCACAAAAGUGACGAUAUUAUUGUAUUAUAGAUAUAAAAAAAAAA